AUGGCCAAGGCGUUCGCCGACUCGCUCGUCCGCGACGGCCUCCCGCAGAGUGUCGUCAGCGCGCGGCUCGAGCGGCUGACGAGCUUGCUCGACCUCGACUUCGAGUGGCGGCUGCACAAGGUGUCGGACGGGCAGCGGCGGCGCGCGCAGCUGCUGCUCAAGCUGCUGCGCCCGUCGGAGCUCCUCCUCCUCGACGAGGUGACGACCGACCUCGACGUGCUCUCGCGGCAGGCGCUGCUCCAGUUCCUGCGCGAGGAGACCGAGCAGCGCGGCGCCUCCGCCACCGACUCGGACGACGCGGAUGAGCAGCCGACGAGUUGA